UCUCCGUCGCGCCUAUUACACGCGCUUUUGGUAGCUUUUUUUUCGCAUUUUUGUGAUUGCUUUUCACCCGGCAAGCUGCGUCGGGAUGGGAUUGUGCACUGAGGCCAUUUUCCAUAGGAUCGAUAGAGCUUUGUUGUUAGCCCACUAGCAUGUUUUGAUGUCAUGUGUUAUAAACUACCAGUGGCAUUGGAUGAAACUGUGUUUUGGUGUGAUUCUCCUUAUUGACGAUGUAUUGUUAUGCACAUGACAGUGCGCUGGUUGACUUUCUAUCCCGACCCUAUUUUGUUAGCGAUAGCCUCGACGGCUAGCGCCAUCCCUGCAUUUCUAUGGCAUUGUGUCAGCUAAGGGGAGUAGGCUAGCUAAUCGUAGCUUACGCUAGCGAGGACAAAGGGAUACAUAGAAUUAGUAUUACCAUUUCGGUGUGUAAUAUGUUAAAUGGUACUGCAUCGUGAUGAGAAAAUAUAUUAUGCGUGAAAACUAAGGCGUUGUUGGGGAUUUUUUUUAAAACCGACCAGGAAAACAAGUAAUGCAAAACGCAGCUGGGGGAUCUGACGAUUUUUCUAUUUUGUACAUACAUAGUUUUGUAUAUACUGUAUAUGAUGAGCUCGCUGGGCGGCGACAAGGCCCGGGGCCCUCGGGAGAAGACGCUGCCCACCGUCACACACUCCUCCCAACCACAGAAACAGAUACAGGCUACUGCAGAGCAAAUCCGCCUUGCCCAGGUGAUCUAUGACAAGAACGACUCUGACUCUGAGUGCAAAGUCAACCAGCUCAUGGAGGUCACGGGGAAGAACCAGGAUGAGUGCAUGAUAGCGCUCCACGAUUGCAACGAGGACGUGAACAGAGCCAUCAACUUCCUCCUGGAGAGUACAUCCGACACGACCUCAUGGGAGACCGUAGGGAAGAAGAAGCCCCUCGUUAAGGAGGGACCGUCCGAGAGCAAGGAGAACAAGGAGAACCGGGAGAAGAAAGGAGACAAGGAAGCCAACAAGGGUCGCAGUGCCUCCAGCCGCAGGGGCAAGGGGGCUAGUCGCAGCCGACCGGGUACAGCCCCCCCGACAGAGACAGUCACAUCCCACCCUGUGUCGCUACCCCAUCCCUUCGUGAUGGACUCACCUGUGUGUGUGUCUGUGUAUACAGCCGCACGCCCAGAGGAGAAUGGGGUUGAGGUGAUGCCCGUGGAAAGGGGCUCGGAGCGAGGCCGGAGGGGCAGGGGAGGUAGAGGGGGGUUGAUUGGAGCCGGAGGUCGAGGCAGGGGCAGAGCGCCGCCAGGGAGCCGGUUCUCAGCCCAGGGAAUGGGGACCUUCAACCCGGCGGACUACACCUCAGAUUCCCGCACGCGGACCAUGGACUCAGAGGUGUGGGACACGGGGGCCAACGGCACCAACCCAGAUGGAACAGCCUGGAGGAAUACACUGGAAGACUGGGCUGCUGAGGACUGGAGCGAGGAUGUCAGUCUCUCCGAGACCAAAGUGUUCACCUCCUCGUGUGCGCCUGCUGCUGAGAACCACAUCACACCUGGACAAAGCCUGGACCUGGCCACGCUGCUGCAGAAGCCUGUGGGUGGAGGUAGGGAGGCUCCCCCUUCCUCUUCCUCCUCCAGCUCUCAGAGCCUGGUCUUUACCAACUCCCACCACCACCACCAUCAACCGCAGCAGCCCCAGCUUCCCCUCAGCCGAAACGCCACUGGCAGCACAAGCUAUGCACACGUUGCCCUGUCGUCCGUGCUUGGAGCUGGCUUCGGUGACCUGGGACAGUCCAAACGGAGCCAGCCAAGCGCAGGAGCUCAGAUACUGGAGCAGCUAAAGGGUCCCGGCCUGGGUCCGCUGCCAUCCUCCCAGGCCACGCCCUCUGUCGGCACCCAAGGGGGUCGUCUGCCCGGCCUUGGAGUCCCAGUACCUCCGCCAGUCUCCUCCAGCUGGGACCUGAAGGUGUCAGAGCCCGGUGCCUCCUCGCAGUUCAGCCGGGAGUUUGGUAUGCAGCCAGAGCCCUCCCUAGUUCUGAGCCAGCUGGUCCAGAGGCACGCGGGACCCUCGCUGCCCCUGGCGCGCCAACCCAGCCCCCCGACGCAGCGGCUGCAGCAGGCCGCCCCCGCCGCCCCGUCUCCCGGGCUCCAGGCGGGCCAGGGAGGCCCCCUGCUGGCUGCUGGUAGUGCCAAGUCUCCUGCGCCCAGUGCAGGGCUGGACCCUCCGGGCAGCGGCACGCCGCACCAGCAACAACGGGCGCAACUCAAGGGCCAGAAGCGAAGGAUACCCCCCACGUCAAAGAUCCCCUCCACGGCGGUAGAGAUGCCAGGCUCCGCAGACAUUCCCGGGCUCAACCUCCAGUUCGGAGCGCUGGACUUCGGCUCCGAGUCGGCCAUCCCAGACUUCGGCGCCGUGGAGAACUGUGUCGUUGGCGCCUCGCGGGAAUCAACCCCGGGCCCCGUGGCCGCUCCAACCGCACCUGGACCCCAGAGCCAGUCCAGCCUGUACUCCACACCCCUCAGUGAGUCCCUGGGCCUCCCGCUCUCGGUGCCGCUGCCACUGCCCAUCUCCUCGUCGGAGCCCGUCUACCACUCGCCCUCCAUCACGCUGCCCAACCUAUCCGCCUCCUCCCUGGGCACCGCCAGCUCAGCCAAUCCUCACGCUGCCGCUGCCGCCAGCUCCGCCGCCUCCGCGCUGUCGUCCUCCGUUGCGGUCCAGUCCACCGCCUCCCCCUUCUGCUCCGUCGGGGGGAGUUACGACGCACCUUUGUCGGUCCACUCGCGGCUGGCCUUCACCCAGAGCAAAGAGGCCUCUGGGCCGGUCAUGAAUGGCUUGAACGGCAUGAGGACGUCAGUUGCUUUAGACACAUCAUCAGUGUCAUCCACACCAAAGCCUGACUCUCCCUCUCUGAGCGUCAGCAGCCACAGUGGGCAAGGCGGCCCCUCCCACCACCCCUCGGUGAUGCCCAAUCACAAUGCUGCACUGGCCAGCCUGGCCCAGGACAUGCCCACCGUCAGCCAGCUCAGCUCUCUCAACAGCCAUGCCAGCAGUCACUCUUCAGUCUCGGCAGCGGGCUCCAGUGCUCUCACUUACACCAGUGGGGACAGCAGUAGCAUGAGCUCCCUGGCGCCCUCGUCUGGCUCCUACACGUCGUCGCAGAUCCCCGGCCCUUCGCUCCACUCGGUGCACCACCACCACAACAACAUCAACAUCAGCAGCAGCAGCAGUAGCAUCAGCCACCUGGCUAACAUGGCCAACAUGGGUGGCGGCAUGAGCAGCGCCAUGGCUAACGCGGGCGCGCUGCACUCGGCUCUGGGGCUCAGCUCCAACGGCAUCGGCGCCGCCUCCAACCUGGCGGCGGGCCGGACCGCCCCGCUGCUCUCCUCGUCCAGCGGCAAAGCCCCUCCCAACCUGUCCCAGGGCGUGCCUCCACUGCUGCCCAACCAGUACAUAAUGGGCCCCGGAGGACUGCUUCCAGCAUACCCACAGAUCUAUGGCUACGAGGACCUCCACAUGCUACAGUCCAGACUACCCAUGACGUGUCCCCGUCCGUGGCCGCAGCCCUCCUUGCAGGACUACUACGGCAUCACAUUCCCUGGGCCUGCAGCUCUCUCAGGCAGAGACGGGAGUCUAGCCAACAACCCAUACUCAGGUGAAGUCACAAAGUUCGGAAGGAACGACUCCACCUCGCCGGCCCCCCCGACCAGCCUGUCGGCCCCCCAGCCCCCCCAGGGUCAGAGCCAGGGCCAGAGCCAGGGCCAGCCUCAGCAGCCCCAGGCCCAGGGCCAGCCACAGCACCACGGGAACCAGCAGGCCUUUCUACCCCCGGGCUACAGCUACACCGGCCUGCCCUACUACCCCGGUGUGCCCAGCGCCGUGCCCAGCGCCGCAGCCUUCCAGUACGGCCCCACCAUGUUCGUCCCUCCGGGAGCCCAGGGGCCGGCCUCCGGCAAGCAGCACGGCAUGGGCCUGGGGCUGGGCAACCCCUCGGCCAGCCCCUUCCAGCAGCAGAGCCAGCAGCAGCCCAGCGGCUACGGCCAGCACACCUUCAGCUCAGGGUACGAGGAGCUGACGGCCGGGCCAGCCGGUGUGGACUACAGCAAAGGCUACAGCAACUCCUCCCAGGCCCAGGCCAAGUCUGCUGCUAGCGGCCCUGGGAAAGGCGUCUCCGUGACGUCCAGUAACUCGGGAGUGCCAGACAUCAGUGGAAGUGUUUACAAUAAGAGCCAGCCCUACAAUGGAGCCAAAUGUGUCCUGUUUCCACACCCCGGCCAGGCCUUUGACAAGCAGGGUUUCCACGCCGGGACCCCGCCUCCCUUCAGCCUGCCUUCAGCGUUGGGGGGCCCGGGGCCUCUGAACCCUGGUGGGGCCCCUGGAGGCUACGCUCCGGCCCCCUUCCUUCACAUCCUGCCUCACCAGCAACCCCACUCCCAGCUGCUACACCAUCACCUGGCUCAGGACGGACAGGGUGGUCCUAGCCAGCGCGGCCAGUCCAGUAGCAUGCAGCAGAAGAGCCAGGUCAACAAGUCCAGCUACGGCAGCUCCCCCUACUGGGCCAACUGAGACGUCCUCUCGGUCUGAUGGUUUUUUCGGACGGACAUCACAACCGAUCGAUUAGACUAUCAAGGAACCAUUUUACAGCACCAUGUUAAAAUACAGACACACAACCACCCUUCCCCCUCUGCUCUAUAUAUCCCCUUUUCAAAUUUAUGGCUGUUGUAUGUAAAAUAUAUUUAUGUAUGUAUUUAUACAGUAUAUAUGUAUUGGUAGAAAAUGAAAUGUGGUUUUCUGCAUUUUUUUUUUUUUUUGAAGGACAUUUUAUCAACAAAAAAAAUCGUGGGAAGAUUGCUAAUCAUGGAGAAUUUAUGAAGUUGAUGGUAAAUAUACUUGAACACGAACAAGCAUCAUGUGUAGUGGAUUUUCUUUUGUAUGCAUACAUGAACCCUGAGAAUGAUGUACAUAAAGCUAUACAUCAAUUUCACGGCAAAGGCCUUUUUUUAAUUUUGAAACAAGUUUUUGUAACUUUGUCUCCCCAUCUGUGAAUCCUUAUAUUGAGGGGACUUUAGUUGAUCGCUUGACUUUCUUUCCCCUCCCAUUCCUUGUCUCCUUCCCCCUUACUAAUUGGCUGAUAUACAGCCAGGCCUUGGAUUUGAUGUCAUUUUAACAUUGGUUUAAUCAUUGUUGUCCAAAUUAAAAGUUCUGAACUGUU